AUGGCUGCAUAUGCGAACCCUCCGACCGGACCCUCAACGUACACAACCAGCACGGCAUCCCCUCGAUCUAGCUGGGGCGAUUCUCGAGAUGGGCGGCCGAAUAGCACUGGUGGCGCCGGCGGUGGCCGGGCUCUGCCUCAUAUCGAAGACAUCAUCAGCGAAGCGAGACCGCAAUACCCUCCAGAUGCGCAAUUGAGUCAGCUGCUCAGUGACGCGGAAAGAAACUACACAUCGUCACGCAAUUCUCUUGAUUUUGGACGCCCUGAGCUGGCUUUUAAGGACUACCUACUUGCUUACGAUAUCGCCAUCAACAGCAUCCCGAGACACAAGGACUUCGGCUUUUGGGAGCACAACCAGCUGCAGUGGGCAGGUAGAUAUAAGGCGCUGACGAAGAAGUUGUCGGAUGUUGAACCGCAGAUGUCUUCAGUUCGUCAGCAGAUCAAAGACAAUAACGCCGCCCAUGGCACUCGAUCGCGGACGUCCUUGAGACAAUCUGUUUACGAUUCUGGCUUUGGUGCCUCUCCACCAUCAAAACAACCUCAGCCGCAGUCCUCUGCUGGGCUCCCACCUGCCCUGCGCCCUGGUGCGCCUCGACCAGCAUCCAAACCCGAGGGUCUCCAGGGUCGGCCAUUAUCUAAUGGGACCAACGAUCUGAGCGAGAGAUUCGCGCGUCUCAGGUCGCCAGGCGCUCAGUCGAGCGAGUCAAGCGUUCUAGCAAUGCCUAACGUGAACGAUUUCAAGCAGGAUGCGGGCGGAAGGCCUCUUUCUGGGAGUGUCAACGGUCAAACACGGCCCAGUGGCCCACGAGCCAUGCCAAAUGGCUCUAUUCUUCCUUCGGUGCCACCUAAAGUGCCACUGGCUACCAACUUCUCGCUCCCAAAGCCGCCAAGUCCGACAUACAGUCCCAUCAACGUGACAACUCCAGGUGGUUCGAAACCGCACGAGGGCCGUCCGCCUGCAUCCAAACGUCAGACGUACUACAACCAGCCUCAACACGGCUCUACUGCUUCUCUGUCGCUGGCACGAUCACGCGAGGAGAUCCUUCUACCGUAUCGUCCAACAACACCAAACGGAAUCAACUCAGCCGUCAUAUCGAAGAAUAACUCCAGCGAGAUCCCACAUGACUCGAUGGUCAGCCCAGAGACUUUGGCAGCUUAUAUGAGCCGCUACAAUGUGUUAGUAGUGGAUGUCCGAGACAGGGCUUUGUUCGAUGAGGGACACAUACUGGCAAGCUCCAUCAUCUGCAUUGAGCCCUUAUCACUUCGAGAAGGCUUGUCUGCAGAGGAUCUCGAAGAUGCUCUUGUGCUCUCUCCUGAUGCUGAGCAGGCGCACUUUGCUCGGCGCAAUGAGUUUGAUCUCAUUGUCUACUACGACCAACGUUCAGCAGACGUUGCAUAUCUCAAAGGCCCGCCAACGAUGACGAAUGCGCCAGCUCUUCGAGCAUUUUACGAUACACUAUAUGAAUUCAACGACACUAAACCUCUACGUGAUGGCCGACCGCCCGCUCUACUACGCGGCGGGCUCGAUGCUUGGGUGGACUAUAUGGGGGCUCAUUCACUUGCCACGUCACGGACUGCAGCCAUGUUAGGUACUACCCGGCAACGAUUGGCUCCUGCAAGGCCUCUUGCCCGCCAGAGAGUAGUAAGCUCGAACUCGAGGCUGGAAGUCCGUAACAGACGUUUGCGGGCGCACAGCUUCUUGGACGAAAAGGAACAGCAGGAAUGGAUGCGCCAGGCCCAACGAGAAGAGAUCACACCCACUGAACAGCCGGAGCUGAGAGAGGGCGAAUAUGUGGUUGUGGAAGAAGAGGCGGAACCACCGUCGCCGUUCGUGUCUGACGUCGACAGCUUCCUCCGCCGCUUCCCAUCAGUGCACGAAGAGCAGCAAUCUAUGUCGAUAGCCCCGCGACGGCAAAUGGGCAUGCCGGUGCCCAGGCGCGAUGUACCACCAGUUCCGCCGAUGCCAUCUGUUCCCUCGAGACCAGCUCCUGCCGUUCCUCGACCGAGUUAUUCUGGUCAAGCGGAAAUCAAUCAAUCCCAGGCACCUUUAGCUCGUGUCAGCUCUGGUACAAGGGCUCCGCUAUACUCGUCUGCAAGUCUUGCCAGGACACGAAAACUGCCGAGAACUGGACUGACCAAUUUUGGUGUGACCUGCUACAUGAACGCUACAAUUCAAUGCCUGUCUGCCACGAUACCGUUGUCGCAGUUCUUCACAGACCGGAUGUAUGAAAACUACAUCCAGGCCAAUUGGAAAGGCAGUAGCGGGAUCAUGCCUAAGUUCUACGCCAACCUGGUGCAGGCUUUGUGGAAUGACGAUUGUGAGGGGAUCAAGCCAACGUCGUUUCGCAAAUUUUGUGGCCGGAUGAACCAGGAGUGGAUCAUCGAUCGGCAGCAAGACGCAAAGGAGUUCUUCGACUUCUUGGUGGACUGUCUGCAUGAAGAUCUCAACGUGAAUUGGGAGCGGACACAGCUCCGAGCACUGACAGAUCAAGAGGAACAGCAACGGGAGCGCAUGCAGAUCGUCAAGGCGAGUCCUAUCGAAUGGCAGCGGUUCGAGCACCGCGAUCGCAGCUAUGUGUCGUCGCUUUUCGCCGGGCAGCACGCUUCACGUCUUCGUUGUUUGACAUGUGGCAAAACAUCGACCACAUAUGAGGCUUUCUAUAGCAUCAGCAUAGAAAUUCCGCGAUCAGGCCAAGGAAACAUUUACGAUUGCUUGCGCUCCUACACGCAAGAGGAAAAGCUACAGGAGCAGUGGCGCUGUCCGCACUGCAAGUGUGAGCGCGAAGCGACCAAGCAGAUCAUCCUCACCCGGCUUCCCCAGUUUCUGGUGGUACAUUUCAAGCGGUUUGCAGCAUCCAAAUUCGAGCGAGCCAAGAAGAUCCACACGCCCAUUGAGUUCCCCAUCCACGGACUCAACAUGGACGACUUUGUGCUCGCGCGCCCGAAGCCGAUGCCUGACAAAGAAGGCAAGUUCGAUAUGGCUACGACACCGCCUUUCAUGUACGAUGCAUAUGGAGUGCUACGGCAUCUGGGAAAUUCUCUGGAUGGGGGUCACUACAUCAGUAUUGUAAAGGACCCUGGCCGCGGAGCAUGGCGCAAGUUUGAUGAUGAGCGACACUACGACUUGGAUCCGCAAAAGCUAUCUCCGCGAGACCGGCUGCAGAAUGCAGAGGCGUAUAUCGUCUUUUUCCAGCGGGCGCCUUUUAGAUGA